UCACUUUUACUCGUAUCAUUAGAUUUAGGAUAUUAAUAAUCUUAUCAUUGAAAAAUCUCAAAGUAUAAGUAGCUAUGUUAAUUGUUUGAGGUAUUAAACAGUGGUUAGGUGUUGGUGAGGAAAAGCUGCAAGUUGGAAGAAAUCAAAUAAUUACAUAAAAUGAGGAGCUUCAUCAUCAUCACAGUGCUGUCAGCACUCGCAGCCUGCUAUGCUGCUGCUGUUCUUCCAAGUGAGGAGAUGUCCGAAGGUUACAGCCUGGUAUUCGAUGACAUGUCACCCGAAGGUAGAAUUGUGUCUAACGCAGAGCUUAAUGCGAGAUCUAGCGAUUGGAUUUUGAUAUCAGAGGGAGUAGUUAGUGCUCCGGCAGUACUAGGUCAAGUACAGCGUGUUGGCACAUGGCAUCAGGCUGAUCUUGGAGUCCGUAUAGAGAGACUGGCAUUGGCUUAUGGCGCAUUCCCAGCUGAUGUUCAACACACGCCCUUAGGAAGUAAUUUCUUGGAAGUAAGAAUCAUAUCAGCUCCUAGUCAACGAGUUUCCGCAACCAUUUCUGCGUACAGGAGAGCUUUCUAGCAGACAGAUUUCUACAACUUUGCAGUUUGAGUGAAUAUUGUUAACGUGGGGUAAAUAAAUGAUAUUAAUAAAAGGA